AUGCAGUCUCUCUCUCGCCCAGCUUCCACCUCCACCCGCCAAGCCACGUCCCCCAACCCGAAGCCCCAACACCAAGUAAAUACCCAGACAAAAGUAUUUGACACCGCCCAUGGGAGACUCCUCUGUAUUGCCGACAUUCGUGGCCGACUCUCUGCACUCAACGACCUCGCGCGUGAGGCGAAUGCAUCCGCUAUCAUCCACACAGGAGACUUUGGCUUCUUUGAGGCCUCCAGCCUUGACAGGAUAAACGACCGCACCCUCCGCCACCUCACGAUGUACUCGCCACUCAUUCCUGCAGCGCAAAGAAACCAUCUUCUUGCGCCCGAAAAUCCACCUUCAGCUAUCCGUUCCACAGUGACAAUAUCCCUCUUGUCCGAGUUCCCUCUCCUCCUGUCUGGCCAGAUCAAGCUGCAAGUGCCGGUGUACACCGUCUGGGGUGCGUGCGAGGACGUCAUCGUGCUCGAGAAGUUCCGUGCAGGACAGUACGACAUCGAAAACCUUCACGUGCUCGACGAGGCAACGACGCGCUGCCUCGACAUCGGCGGCGUCAAGCUGCGCCUGCUCGGACUCGGCGGUGCGCUCGUCCCACACAAGAUGUUCGACAACGGAGACGGAAACGCAACGAUUGCGGGUGGACAGGGUACGAUGUGGACGACGGCACUGCAGAUCGGUGAGCUGGUGGACACCGCGCAGCGCGUGUUCGAUCCUACCGAGACGCGUCUCCUCGUCACCCACGCAAGUCCCGGUCGGGAAGGCAUUAUGACUCAGCUUGGGCUCGUCCUCAAGGCGGACCUUACACUAUCAGCAGGCCUUCACUUCCGCUAUGCGUCGUCGUACAACGAGUUCAGCGUUCAGUCGGACUUUGAGGGACUUCGACACAAGAUUGUGGUCGGGAAGGAAGCCUUUGACAAGGUCUGGGAGAGUGUGAAGUCGCAGGUGGACGCCGUCAUCGACGAACAUCAGCGUGUUCUUCUCGACAAGGCGCUUUCCGUUGUCGAGCGGAUACCACCGCCCCCCAACCAGCUUGGUCCAACUGGUCAGCCGCACGGCGAGGACCCCGCAUGGAAGAACUGCUGGAAUUGGAACCUCUGUGACGCAGCUUACGGCUCUCUCAUCCUUGACAUCAAGGACGGCCGUGUCAGCGCGGAGAUGAAGAGCCAAGGAUUCAACUACGCAUACCGUCGUACCGUCACGCCGUCGACCGUCGCGGCGACUCCUGGCUCCGCUACGUCUCAGCUUCCCAUACAAGGCGUGAACUCGGGCGCGGCGGCCACCCCCAAAGGCACUGGUACGGGUGCUGCGGCAACGCCUGUAGCCGCUGAGAAGCCCCUUCCACCCCACGUCACAGGCUCCAAGUCGAAACCCUCGACGCCGCCUCCGCCCGGCGGCUCAGGCCGGGAGACCCCGAAGCUGAACGGUGGCGCACCGAACCAGUCUGCGCAGGACAAGUUGGAGAAGGAGCGGGCCAAGAGGGAGCGUAAGAAGGAGCGCAAACAGCAGGAGCGGGCUGAGCGCGAGGCUACCACAACAGCGGCGAAGGAGGGUGCUCCGUCGCCCGCCCCUGGAGCGAGACAGGAGGUGGAUCUGAGCAGUCCGCCGAAAUCGGGCAAGGCGACGCCCGACGUCCCUACCCAGCCAGCGGCAGCUUCAGAAGGUAGGACAGACGACGGUGUCACUUCUCCCAACACGGAGAGCACGGGCGCCAGGACACCGACCAGCAAGCGCCCUGCACGGAACCCGUGGACGAUCUUCAUGCGUAUGGCCAACCCUGCGAACGAGGCUGAGGUUAGGGAGUUCUUCGGGGAUGCCAAGGAGGGCAUUACCCGCAUCAACUACCCUGCGAACUUCGCUGGUCGCAAUCAAAAGAUGUGCUACGUCGAGUUCGGUGACGAGGAGGCGAUGAAAGCUGGCUUGGCGAAGAACGGCCAGACCCUAAACGACUGCACGCCUGAAUUGAAGCAGGCGACCGACAAGGAGUCUCGUAACGCAGAUGGUGGCGGCCGCGGAGGCCCUUUCGCUGGGCGCGGUCGCGGAGGUCGUGGCGGUUUCGCAGCUCGCGGUUUCGCGUCUGCAGGUCUGAUGACGCGUGGAGGCGGUCCUGUUCGAACGAACGGCGACGCCCCUUCAUCUGGUGCUCCCGAGUCUUGAUCGUCUCGUCGGUGAGAAGUGAAGCGAGGUGGCGUCUCCUGCAAAUAUGGCUCUCACAUGUGUCCGCUAUGGUUUUCAUCCAUUUUCGCUUCGUCGAUAUGUUGCAAGCACCCUCUUCGAACCUACGUAAUCACUUAGUAGCAAGGUUAUCCGGCGCUAUCCCUUCCGUACUCCCUCCCCUUCAUGGCUCAUGAUGAUUUUGAGUUCCGCUUUCGCGCUUGGAUCAAGCUCACCAGGUGUGUUGUGUAGGUGAUUCUCCUUACGACUUUACGGUACUGUUCACUCCGAUACAUAUGGUCAAGUAGUACUAGACCUUCGCGUGUAUCUUGAUAACGACGCGCCCAUGCUAUACCCCUCCAACCCGCCAAAUCCGUAUCGUACUCUGCAAGCUUCUCACCAUGUAUGGUAUUCAUCGCAAGACUUUUGUGCGGAAUGUCUGA